CCCCGCGCGCCACCGCUGCUCCUGGAGCUCCCGGAGCGCGCUCAGCGCGCAGGGCUCGGCGGCAGGUGCCUCGCCGCGCAGACUCGGCGGGCCGCCACUGCCCACUUCAGCUUCUGCCGGACCCUUCUGGAGCACACAGUGUCAGCUGAGAGCAUACCCUGCCACUUACCUCGGACACCAGGCACCAGCCUCACAUGGCACGACUCCCGUAGCCAGAGGGCAUCCAGCAGCAGGCCCAUCAAGCUCCUGCAGCAGCCCGGUACAGAGACCCCACAGGGCCGGCUAUACUCUGACCACUAUGGCCUGUACCACACAAGCCCCUCUCUGGGUGGGCUGACACGGCCUGUAGUCCUGUGGAGCCAGCAGGACGUCUGCAAGUGGCUCAAGAAACACUGUCCUCACAACUACCUCGUCUACGUGGAGGCCUUUUCCCAACAUGCCAUCACUGGCCGGGCUCUGCUGCGGCUGAAUGCAGAGAAGCUGCAGCGGAUGGGGCUGGCACAGGAGGCCCAGAGGCAGGAGGUGCUGCAGCAGGUGCUCCGCCUGCAGGUGCGUGAGGAGGGGCGGAGCCUGCAGCUGCUCAGCCAAGCUUCCUUUGGAAACAUGUCCUAGCUGCUGCCAAGGCUUGAACCCCAGACCCCAGCACUGUGACCAGUGACCAAGACCUGCGGCCAAGGAUGAGGCAGAGCUGGCCCCGCAGCCCUUCUUGGACCGUGCAUGAUGCCAUCUUGGCCAAGCCUGCCCCAGUGGACAGGCAGGACCAGGACUGCCACCUCCAGGGGCCUCUGGUCAGGCACUCCAGGUCAUACCCUCGGGCCAGGUGGGCAUAGGCUACUUGCAUGUGGCCCCCUCCAGGGACUUGAUUCCAGGCCCAUCCCCUGGUGCUGCUGGCAGCAUGCCGAAGGUCAGCUGCCUGGAGCCAGAGUGGGGUUUGAAUGACUCCAGACUCCAAGGGAGUCUCUUUAUUUAUGUUCCCUUAAUCAUGUGACCAACUCCCUUACCUGGCAUCUCUCCAGUCCUGUGUCCUCCCCAGCACCGCCAGAUGAGCUACACAGUGGGACAAAGUGCAUCAGUUCCCUUUCACUUGUGUUUUCUCCCACCCCUGCCAGAGCCUGGCGAGCCCAACCCAUUGUCCAGAGUAAUGGCCAUCAGCACCUGCCCCACUGGGCAUCAUACUGAAGCAGCAUUCAUUAUUUAUGAAACCCUUGCUAUACCCACAUCUACUUCUGAGAACUGAGGCUGAAAGGGCUGGGAUGCCCAGUCCCCUAAGGCCAAACUGGCACAACAAAGACUCUAUCCCUAUGCAGGUGACUCCAUGCCCAGUGCCCACCAGGUUAGGUGGUGCCCCUGGCCUUGCCUACAGGAGAGUCUUGCAUUUAAGCAUCUUCCCUAUUCCCUGGCUCUUGGACUUAACUUUCAAGUAGCAGUUGUGCAUGUGGGUAUUCCCCUUACCCCUUUCCCAAAACCUGGAUUUUCAGGAGAGACUAUACAGGGGGCCAUACCCACUGUGUCUGCCACCAGAUGUCUGGGCAGCUCUCCCUGGCAAAUUUGGAACUGGUGCUGCCCAGAAGAGGGACAGUGAGGGUGGCCCUGGAAGUCCCCACCGUCUUGCUUCUUCUGCCUCUCCCACUUCCCUGGGGACUCGGAAAGUCUCAGGGACAAGUAAGGCUGCGCCUCCAGUGUUCUCUCUGUGUCCUGAGUUGACCGUGAUUCUGCAGGUUGGUCUUUUAGAUCCCAAGUGAAACUUGGACAACUGGCCUGACAUGUCCCACCCUUUGUGCCCCCACCCAUGGGGAACCCUCUUCUUGGGCCUGGCUGGCUGAAGUACCCCUAUGUACCAUCAGCCUUCAGCCAGAAGGCCCAUUGCAGCCCCCUACUCCCUGCUCUGUCUUGCCCAUCCUGUGCUUCUGUCUUGUCUUCCUUGUUUUUUGUUCACUUUUUAUACUCUGACAAAAAAUAAGAAAUAAACCUUGUUCUCAAGUGCCCAUA